GCGAGUUGAACGGCUUGGAAGUUAUUGACACGCGUGUAUAGAGGAGGCAGGAGGCGGGCGUGGAGGCUUUUUAACGGGCUUCUAUGAUUUAAAAAAAAAAAAAAAUGGCUACUUUCACACGGAUUUACAUCCCGGGGCGUGCGGGGCGCAGGAGAGCCGCUCUCACACGCACCGUGUUGGAGGAUUCACGCGUAUCUGCACGUUAAAGCUGCGUUUUUAUCACAUUUACACGCCUGUUACAUUUUAUAUUCGCGCGCUCACGGGGAGAUAAACAUCCAGCUCCGAGCGUGGUUCUGUUUUUUCUUUGCAAACUUUCCAGUUUUAUUGUGAUAAACGCAGAUUUUCUUCUUUUCUUUUCUCUUCUUUUCUUCUUGUGGGAGACUUGAACUUGUCCGGGCCUGUGCGGGUAACGUCACACCAGCAGCACCUGCAGGUGGACAAACAGCAGCCGAAACUUACUCUGUGAUUUCUGUUUUUAUUUAUUUUUUUAUUCUUUUUUUUAAUGAUCAACUUUAAUAUUUAACCGAAGUGUGAAGCAGCGUGGACCGGAGCUGACUUCACACCUGGGUGCAGCAGGACCCGGACCCCCCUCCCCUCCCCCGGACCUUGUGAGACGUGUAGCCGAUCCACAUGCUGCAGAAAUCGGCCGUAUUAACAAUUAAUAUUGGACAUCCGGUGGCACUGCCAGCUGCGCCCCAUUUUUUUUUUUUUUUUAUUGUUGUCUUGCGCUGAAGCGAUCCGUGUUGUCUCGGCUGGAUACUCCGCGACGCGUGGUGGCCCGCCGCUCGCUGUGGCUGGGAGGCUGAGAGCUGCAGGGCUGCGACAUGUGAACAGAGCUCCACCCCUUUGACCUUCUCAACUCUCAACCUUUAGCAGAACUCACUUGAACCAACGUUGUGACCGUGACCUGACACCCUCCCGCCUUGGGCAUGCCUCAGCCGGGUAUGAAUGGGAUGGAGCCUGCGUUUGGCGAGGCCUACGGGGGACACAGGGGUCUGCUGAGCCCCUACCCUCUGGCCAUGUCGCCACAAGGGGGCAGGACCGAGCACGACCAGAGCGUGCUCCUCAUGCUGGGCUCUCCAGCAUCGCCAAGGAAACGGCCCUUUGAGUUGCUAAGCGACCUGGUGGACGACGGUGGCUUUGGCGAGGACCUGCACCCCGAGCGCUGGGAUGUGUCCGCGCUGGACGAGAUGGCUCGCUACACCAAGCUGGGCCUCGGGGUGGGUGGGGAGCUGCUGGCCUGCUCCGAGGAAGCCGUCCUGAUGGGCCGCUGGGGGAGGAGCCGGGAGGAGCAGGAGGAGGAAGAGGAAGAGGAGAGGCGGAGGAGGAACAGACACACGGCACCGCCCGUCACCCAGGAAGUCCAGACCACCGCCGCAGGGAGGGAGGAGGGGCGUAUCUCUGUUGCCACGACGACAGAGAGGGAGUUAUGUGUUGCAGGAAGAGCAGCCGGGGGAGGACAGGAUGGGGGGAUGUCAGGGGAGCGCACGGUGGAGGUGUAUCAGGUGGCGCAGGAGGAGGAGGUGGUGGCGGCGGCGGCUGCAGCGGGUUUGGCCCUGGAGCACUGCAGCGAGGAGCACAACUACUCCCUGAGCCAGGGAGAGGAGCUCGGGCCGGGGCCCGGUCACAACUCCCAGACAGAGGGGGUGAGGGUGGGGGAGACGCAGCAGGAGGCGCGGGGCAGGGAGGAGAGCCAGGCGAAGACUGAGCUAGAUCCAGAGGAUGAGGAGCAGGAGGAAGAUGAGGAGGACGAGGAGGAGGAGGAUGGAGAGGAGGGAGCGGAGGAGACGGCGGCGGAGGCUGAACUCUCCAGCUCCUCAGAAACUGAAUGUGAGGUGGAGGCCGAGCCAGCGAGGCAGCCGGGCGAGCGCCCAGCGAAGCGUCGCUGUUUCUGGGAGUACCGACGAGCUCGAGAGACGGCCACGAAGAAGAAACUGGGCGGAGACGUCCACUGGUCUUUGUCCUGGAGCUCCAGCACUCUGCCCAGCACACUGUACCGCAGAGAGGGCAAAAAAGGCCGGCGCAAAGCUCGCAAGACUGACGCCAGCGACCUGACACCAAACCCCCAGAAGCUCCAUAACAUCGGGGAGCAGCUACAGAAGCUCAACGCCGCCAUCGACGGCAUGGGCCCGGUCAACGACCUCCCCGCCGUGGCCCGAGCCCGGUCCCGUAAAGAGAAGAACAAGCUGGCCUCCAGGGCCUGCCGGCUGAAGAAGAAGGCCCAGCACGAAGCCAACAAGAUCAAGCUGUGGGGGCUGAACCAGGAGUACGAGAACUUGUUGGGAGCUCUGCUGCGGAUCAAGGAGGUGAUCCGACGGCGGGUGGAGAGCAGCGAGGAGGAGGACAUGGACGAGCGAGGGAUGACCCAACGCCUGGAAGACAUCCUGCGAGAGUCGAGCGGUCCUUUAGUCGCCGGGCGGACCAAAGACUUUGUGCAGAGGAUUUUGGCGGCCAGCGCCAGCGGUCAGAACCAGCGCAAAGAUCCACCGCAAGGAGAUGAUGAGGCGGCGGGCUAAACCCACCCAGCCUCGCGCCUCCUCCUCCUCCUCCUCCUCCCUCCGCCUCCCCUCCCAGCACCACCAACCAACCUGAAAUGACCAAGCCUCUCCGCACCGCCUCCACUCUCAUGUUGUACACAUUGGAAGUCAGAGAUGACGAGGUGGAGAUGCUGGGAGAGAGGACGGAGCAGCCCUCCCUGCUCCUGCUCUCCUCCCGUCGGUCCUCCAAACAGCAGCCGAGCUCACCGCUCUGUCCCUGCAGGCUGCACCUCCUCCUCCACCUCCUCCACCGGGCCGGAGCUGCUGCUGCCGCUGCUGACAUCUGUGUGUUCUGUGUUAUGUCUGUGUGUGUGUGUGUGAGAGAGAGUGUGUGUGUGCAUGCAUGUUGGACAUGUAACAUACUGAAUGAGUGUGUAUAGAGUCCCUCUCUCCCUCUGUGUGCUGUAUUUGUAUCCCAGUGUGCCUAUGAAUAGACAUUGCACUGUUUUGUAGAUGGUCGUAGUUGCCGGCAGGGGACCGGUAGUGAGCCGAGGGCGAGGGGGCAUUUGAGGAUAGAGGAAGUGCUAAAAUAAGGAAGUGGGAGGAGCCCAGGCCUGGAAGACAAAGAAACUGGUGUGUGUGUGUGUGUGUGUGUGUGUGUGUGUGUGUGUGUUUUUGUGUUUGGCCGGGCUCCUAUAGAAGCACUGCAUACCAUUCAGAUUGCAUCGGCCAUCUGAAAUGUCAGUAAAUGUUGUGACACACAACAAGUGAUGGAGUCCUGAUGCCAGAGCAGCUGUUGAUGGAAACAACGGCCUGAUUGUUGUGGAAAAAGUCCUUGGAGCUUUAAUAACCCCCCCACCUCCACCCACCACCACCCCUCCCCCACCCCCCUGCCCCACCUCCACCCCUCCCCCCCUCCACCGCCUCCCCCUUUAACAGCCCUUCACCCCAUUAAAACGUAAGCAGAGUCAAAACUGAACGAGAGGGAAAAAAAAAACUGCACCUUAAUCCAAACUGACCAAAGAUAAGUGAUACUGCUGAAACCACUCGGACACCAAAACCGCUUCAGAUGCUGCCAACCAUCAACACGUCGUCUCGUUCUGGGAGAAAGUGACUGAAACAUUCUGAUUGUUGUCAUGUUUACCCGCACGCGUCCUCCGAGGACGGCGUUUACCCGACGGAGGUUAAUUCCCCCCCCUUCACCUAAAUGCACUAUAUCAUGGACCUGAGAGAGCGUGAGUGGCGUGAGGGACAGGAAGUGACUGACGCUCUGCAGCCUGGUGCUCCUUCAGCUGAUCUGCAGUGGCUUUUAUUUUUACCCACAAAAGGGAAGUGUCCCCCGAGCCCUCUCCUCAACCCCUGACCUGAUUAUGUAGCGCACCUUCCUUGAAUUGCAAUGACAAAUAGAGAAAAAAAAACACUUGUAGAUCUAGGAAGCAAAUACGUUUGAUUUGUUUUUUUGUUUUGUUUUGUUUUUUUUUUACUCUGAUUUUAUUUGUUGUAAUCUGGCGAUGCCACGGCUCACUGAGUGGGCGUCAGUCUUGAGAAAUCUGCCUUUCUUCUUCUUGCGGUCUUUGCUGAAGCUGAAGACCGAUCUGUCCAAGGUCUCUAAAUGUUGUUGGACAAAAAAAAAAAAAAAAAAAGUCAAGGACCCUUUGAAUUGCACUGUGGUAAAAAAACAAACAACCAAGCACCUUUGAAGAGGGCUUCAGAUCCUCCGAAAGAGAGAAAAAAAAAGACUCUUGGCACCUUUUGUCUGAAGACAGAUAUUGAUUGAGAGACUCGUUGUGGGCGCUCGGCGCUUCCACAGGUGGUCUCGGUUUGUCUCAGCGGUGCUGCUGUUCGAUGGAAAAAUGAAAAAAAAAAAAGCAAUGCAAACCUGAGCGGAGGCAUCAGGCGGUAACUGCUGACUGGGUUUUGGCCUGCGAGCACGAACUGUUGUAAUAGGCAGUUUGUUUGCAUAAUGACGCCUUUCUGAAGUGCCUGCAGCUCUCAGCCACAGGGACCUGUGUUAUUAUGCCUGAUCUUGAACCCUGUUACAAGGUAAAGCGUAACCCAUGACUACUGCUCCCAGCUUGGCCUCACUUGACUUCACUUAGUGGGGAGAAGAAAAAAAGAAAGAAACCCCUGCAGGCCUGCGUUGGGUCCGAUCACACAUUCAGCCAAAAAAAAUAAGCAACAAAAAAAAGUCAACCAAAAUGUUUUUCUUUCAGAUUAAAACCUACACAUGGAUCAGAAGCUGGCAGCGCUCUCCGUGAACAUCGUCUCUGGGAAGUGUUCGCGGAGGAGAGGCUGUUAGUGAAGCAUUCCUCUUCUGUUUUUCAACCUUGACGAGCUCCCGACUGGGCUGCGUUCCAAAGCCGCUGCGAUUUAACAUACGGCUCUCCUCGUAUGGAAACUCCAUUUCCUGUCUGAACCGGGAGAGGAGCAGUUAACCUUCACCUCCUCGAGGUCUCGCUCGCGGUCGUAUUGAAAGCUGUGGAGACUCAGGAGCAGUUUGUCUCGCUCCUGUUUAGGUUUGUGUUUCCCGCGUCAUUCUGGGAAAUGUUGCUCACGGUGGAGUGAGUAUAGACGUGUACUGUAAACAGAGGAUUCCUGGCAUUUAGCUGGAAAGGUUUCCUUGUGGAUUUUCUGCCACCGGUGUGCAGAGACAGAUAUCUGUCUGUGGCUUUGCAAAAAAAAAAACAAAAAAAAACGAUGCCCGAUGCAGCAGCUGGAGGCUCUGAUGUCACAUUACAGCACCACAGAAACCGGCUCAGGUUUCCAUGUGAUCAUCUUACUGUAAAUGAUGAUCCAGGGCGCGGUCGUCCAGGCCAGUAGAAUAAAAAUGAUUUGUCAACGGUGCACUCUGCACUCUUUGUGCUGCGGACAAGUGGUUCCUCCCUCCUCCCUCCGUCUCUCGAGGCUUUGGGAAGUCGCAGGAUCUGAUGCUGGCAGCAGCUUCCCUCGCAUGCGCUCGCACACCAGCAAACAGAAAGCGAGGGAGCGGCUGAAAACAACCGUACACAAAGUUUAAAAUGUUGCGAGAACCAUCUGUCGCGUCGUCGGAGGACGAGUUCUUUGGGUUUAAGAGGGAUUUCCACUCUGAAUGCUCAAGUUUGUCCUGAUGUUUUCCUCCCUCCAAAGUGGCGUUAUGUAACGCGACACGCCAUCUGUUGUGUACAUUCACGUAUAUGCCAAAAACUGAACUGAACAGAAAACUGUUGUAACGCAGCAAAGAUUCCUGCCACAGAUCCAAACAACAAACGAGACACGACGCCGGAUUUACCAGAACUAGUGAGCUCGUAGAAGGGCUUAAAGUGACACUGUAGCAUCAUUCCUCUCCCACGGAAUAUCCCUUUAACUGUAUAGCUUUAACGCAGGGCGGCCUCUUUUGGCAAGGCCACUCGUCUGUGCUCACAUUCCUGACUCAGUUUCCCAGAAAGCCUCUGUUUAUGUGUACCUGGAAGCAGGAGGCAGAUAGUGCGGGGGGGAACUGGACUGACCCAAAGAUGGCCGCUGCGGGGUCACGUUUCUGUGGCUGUCCUCGUGACCUCGGCCGAGGAACAGCUGGGACCUUAAAACACACAGAAGUGACGCUCCCAGCUCGCAGAUAUAACCGGCUGUGACCUAAUAUGGACCAUGACUUUGCAUAAAUUGGGACGAUUCUUAUCUGAAUCACUUCCUUGUUCAGCGUCACGAGAGACAGGGAGAAGUAAACAGUCCUGAACCGGUCGCGUCUGCUCCUGAGAGGGGGAACGUUUGGUGUCCCAUCAGUGAAAGCUUGAAACCCCUCAGAGCAGAUUCAGUGUCGAGCACGCAGACGGAAGAGAUUUAGCUCCUCAGAUGUCGAGUCUUUAAGUGAAACUGCUGAUGAAGAAAUCUGUUUUUUAAAUGUCACGUUUCGGCUGCGAUGUCCUGACUCGUCUGUGAAUAUCUGCUUCCUAUUGAGAGGACGUCCUUCUAUAUUUGGCUGAAGUGCCGGAAAAGAGUAGUUGAAUAAUUAAAUACCCCAGAUGUCCACCGCUCACGGCUGUGUCGCGCCGCAGCUGCAGCCGGCGUCCAUCAGCUCCCCCGAUCCUUCAUUCAAACACGGACGAUUAAUGUCAGCCAACGUGAAUUUGAUAUCUAAAGAGUACACGCUGGUAGUUAGCUUAGCAUGAAGAGCUAACCCUGGCUCACAGGUAACAUAUUUAUGGUUCAGGCCGGUCACGUGCUGGACUUCCUCUUGGCCGGGUCCACUGACCCCCUCCAGUCUCAGCUGGUUGCCCGGCAACCUGACAGUAAUGGCUGCCGGUGGAAACAGAAGAGCUGUUGAGCAGCUGGUGGGCAGAUUCAGUUCGAUUUGGAUAAAACACUUUCCAUCAGCGACACUAUGAUGGAUACUCAUUUUUAGACAAUCGUCGGCUGGUUUAACGAUUGAUUAUCAGUUAAUCAUCGACCUCUGACACAUGAUAUAUGUCAUGAUAUUUACAUUAGAAGUUAGAGGAACACAUUUUAAACAUCAGCUUCUGUAGUUUUAAUCUCAGAGCGCCCGUCUGUCGCUGCUCUACGAGGUCCAGCCGUCACUGAGGCUGAAACAAGCUUUAUCUUAAUGCUUCUUAAUCAGACUGUGUAUUUUAUUUUGAAAACAAGACACUUUCUCAUGUGUUUGUGUCCGUCUUUGAUUGUCACUUAAUAACAUUUUCAGUUCGUAGCGUUCCUAACCUCCAUUAACAAUCACACGUGAGCGUCUCUGUCUGCUGCUGACAGUUUAUUCGUGUCACUGCGUCGGUGAUCAGGAUGCAGUUAUCUCCCUCCGCUCGCUCAGUACAGUUCAAUUUGAAAUAACUUUAUUCGUCUGUGAGGUCUGACGCUCGUGGAUAAAUGUUAAAACCCAGCGGAUAUAAAAUAGACUGCACACACUGUGGUGACGAUCUGAGACUGAUGAUAGUGACUGUAGUUCAGUGAGCUGUGUGUUAAGUGUCUCUCUCAGUAUUGAUCGUAAACGAGCUGCAGCGUCUUGAAAUGCUUCCGAUGACGGAGACGUGACAGCCACAUCUGGUGCACAUCUGGGGUCAGUCCAUCAGCGCAAAGUCAGAGAUGAAACAACAGUUCUGAUCACCGAGUCGAUCGCUGAAGAGAAGUUCAGCAGUUUUCCUGCUCGUCUCUGUUUCACAUCGCUCCAGAUUUAAUGUAGUUUGACAUUAAAACCACGCAGGCACUUUGAGCUCGUGUGAUUUCACUUUUAACUGGCUAAACUAUCAACAGACGAAUUGAUCCAUAGUUGCGCCCUCAUUGGCUGUAAAGGUUUGACGCUGAGGAGCUGCUCUGCGUUGAAUCCUUCGGUCCCUGACGUGGAAAAACACUAAGUCGAGUCGAGUUAGGACAAACGGAGGAGCAGCGAUGGAGUGACGAGGACCGGGAGAAGCCUCCUGCCUCCCUCCCUCUGCUCCUCCUGGUUUUUUGGGAGCGGGCGUUGAGGCGUGGUGGAGCGGCGGGCUGAAUAGAGCCAUCAGUAAACCUACACUGGUGGGACGGCGCUGACCUCCGGGUGCCCGUCCCCACUCUGCACCAGCGCUCACAUUGUGGGAGACACUCAGGCUUCUCCGGUUUCAAAGGCGACGGGGGAAGCAGCACUUAGCCAGGGCCUCGGAAUAGUUUAUCCCAAACUUUUUAAUCCCCUCCAUCACCUCCGCCCUCUUUCACACUCUGACAGCUGAGGAGGAGGAGGAGGAGGAGGAGGAGGAGGCGGAGGAGGCGGCGACCUGCAUCUUGAUGCUCCCCGUCUCCUUUUCGCUGACCUGGAGGCCUCCGUCUGGGACGGAGGCAGGUGGAGGAAGGUGUCAGAUUCGACCUGCAGGUCCACGUGACGCCUUUUUAAACCUGAGGCGGAGGAGCUGGACGCUGGCUCCAGUUUGUACCUCUCAUGUCUGACGUUCAGAUCACAGAGCUGAGCGUCUGUCUGUAUCAAAUGUAAAUCUGUAGUGAUGUUUCAAAAACACAGACGGUGGUUUAAAGACCCUGAAACUUCUGUUUCCUGCAGCCGUUAGAACACUUGUGGUUAUUUUACAUGUAUUUCUUAUUUUCCUCCGAGUGUUUCUCUGGUUUGAGGUGAUGCCACAGACUUACAUGCACCAACCAGGACACUAACAAGAGACUCAGACUGUCUGCAGACUCAUCGUGACAAAAUAGAUUAACGACAAAAAAAAUGACACCAGCAGCGUUUUGAUUGGUUCCCGGUAAUCCUCGUUUUCAUAGAGUAAACUCAACUCGAAAGUCAAGACCGACUGUCAGUCCAGUCCAUUAUUUUAUCUGCUUUAAGUCUUUGUUUUAUGUUGAAUGAGUGAAUGAUGAUAUGAAUGAUAACAUCACUAUAAACUUUGAUCCCUACCUGCGUUGAUUUAAGGUUUUCAGGACUUUCAUCAGAAGAGUCGUUUUGUUCGUCACAAGCCAAAUAACAAGCAAACUUGUGAUCCACCAGCGGUCCGUAUCUGUACUCAGACUGGGCCACACUGAAACUAAAAGUGGCCAGGUGUUAAACUGGAAAUGUGCAGAAAUAAUCAGAAGCCUGACAUGAAUAUGGGUCGAUCAGAAGCUGCUGAAUUCUUAACAUGACGGCCUCAGAACUGAGCUUCAGUGUUGGACUAAAAAAAAAGUACAUUUUCUAUAGCGAACACUUGUUUUUAUUGUAUUCAGAUCUGCAGACUUCUGGGUUGAGAUGUCUGACGUGAUAUUAGCCAAGAAGACGUUGAAUCAGUGCUUUACGAGAAUUCACAGCUUUAAAAAUCCUAUUUUUUAAGUUUCUGACGUUCAAAAAGUUUUUACGACCUGAGAGAAACGUUGCUCACCCUCGAACAGCCGCCACUGUUUUCAGGGAGGAGCUGACCCGACUCAUCAGACCGCUGCGUUUGGCCCGUUCUAAGGACGUCGUGCACCGUCGGACCGCCUGACUGAGAUGUCCAGGUUAACAAGGUUUAAAGGAGUAGUUGCACUUCCGCUCAGAGUUUGAAGAGUUUAAGGUUUUUAAAACAUCACCAGAGGUUUGAAUCGCAGCUGCUGAGCUCUGUGGCUCGAACGUACCGGCGACGUGUCGAGUGGCACGUCGCAGCUUUAACCAAAACCAAGUCAGUUGUUUCUGUCGAGGUCGAAGGUCGAAGGUCGUCUGUGGACGCGAAGACGAAUGAAAACACGACGUCCGGAUGCUUUGACAUCCAACGAGAGGCGUCGUGUUGUUGAGUAAAGACCGAGCGAUCGCGUCCCCGCCGGGCCUUUAGAUCCAUGUGAGAACACGUUGAACGAUGAGGAGGAGGAUCGAGAGAUGAGCAAACAUUCCACGAUGCCAUGUCAUAUACUGUACAGCAACCCUUACUUCUCUUCUUCCCUGUUUCCUCCCUCCUCCCCCUCCGUCUGUCUCUCAGUAACCCAGUAAUCACGUUACUACAGUGAUACUUCGGACCUGUUAACACAUUAACACAUCUUUAUGUACAAUUCCUUCGUCAGUAAGUAACCUUUAAGAAAAUAGUACAACAAAAAAAAAAAAACAACACAAAAAAACAUAAAAAUACAAGAAGUGCCGUACAAA